AUGUCCGAGGUCGUGGAGGUGAGCACCCUACAGAGGGCGCGGUUGGCCCACCAGCCGCCGGUUACGCCGACGUUGCGCGGAAGGACCACAUUGCGUCGUCAUGCCCACCCGACCUCCUCCCUCGCGCAGCCCGAGGAGAUCGAAAAGCGGCUGCCGCACAUCUUCGGGCAACCUCGCGUAGAGCUCGAGGCCGCCUCCACCGCUGGCGACGAUGCCUCCCACUCUCCCCUGCGGAUCGGCGUGGUGCUGUCGGGCGGACAGGCCGCGGGCGGGCACAACGUGAUCGCGGGUCUUUUCGACUACGUCGCCGCUGGCCACCCGCACUCCAAGCUCUACGGCUUCAUCGGCGGUCCCAUUGGGCUGGUCAAGGGCGACUUCAUUGUGAUCGACGCCCCACUGGUGGCCAAGUACCGCAACCAGGGCGGCUUCGACAUCAUCGGUGCGAUCGCCUUGCACCACUCGCGGGUCGACCAGAAGAACCUCUUGGCUGAGUCAAAGCGCGCGGACAAGAUCGAAACGGACAAGCAGCUCCUGGCCUCUCGCGUGGUGUGUGAAAACCUGGCCCUCGACGGCCUCGUGAUCAUCGGUGGCGAUGACUCCAACACCAACGCUGCUCUUCUGGCCGAGUAUUUCAAAUCACACCACCUCAAGACCAACGUGGUGGGUGUGCCCAAGACCAUCGACGGCGAUCUCAAGAGCUCGCUGGGCGUUGAAGUGAGCUUCGGCUUCGAUACCGCGUGCAUGAUCUACAGCGAGCUCAUUGGUAACAUCGCUACCGAUGCCAACAGUUCGCGCAAGUACUACCAUUUCAUUCGGCUCAUGGGCCGGUCUGCGUCUCACAUCACCCUCGAGUGCGCCCUGCAGACUCGUCCCAACAUCACCCUCAUCGGCGAGGAGGUGGCGGCGCGCAAGCAGACGCUGUCCGAUCUGACGAACGAGCUGUGCCACGUCAUCGUGGAGCGGGCCAAGGCGGGCAAGAACUUUGGCAUCGUGCUCCUGCCCGAGGGCCUUAUCGAGUUCGUGCCGGAGGUCCACCGCCUGAUCUCCGAGCUCAACGAGCUGAUGGCCAAGGGCAACUCGGCCGACGUGGUGGGCGAGAAGCUCACGGAGGAAUCGCGCGCCGUGUUUGACUUCCUGCCCAGUGCCAUCCGCCACGAGCUGCUGCUCGACCGGGACCCCCAUGGCAACGUCCAGGUGUCCAAGAUCGAGACGGAAAAGCUGUUUAUUCACCUGGUCACCAAGGAGCUGAAGCGGCGCAAGGCCAACGGGCAGUUCAAGGGCAGCUUCUCGGCCAUGGGCCACUUCUUCGGCUACGAGGGCCGAUGCGGCCUCCCCUCCAACUUCGACUCCAACUACUGCUACGCCCUCGGCCGGACGGCGGGCGCGCUGCUGGACCACGGGCUCACCGGGUACAUGGCGUCGGUGUCCAAUCUCACGGCGCCGCCGGAGCAAUGGAAGAGCGGAGGCCUGCCCCUGACGGCGCUCAUGAACAUGGAGAGGCGCAAGGGCAAGAACGUGCCGGUCAUCCGCAAGGCCCUCGUCGACCUCGACGCCGCGCCCUACAAGGAGCUCCUCCGCCACCGCGAGAAGUGGGCGCGUGGCGAGCACUAUCGCAACCCCGGUCCCAUCCAGUUCUACGGGCCGGCCAGCGGGGAGGUCAACAUCACCCUUCAGCUCGAAUUCGGACAGGCCCACCGCCACCCCAAGGCCGCCCUCUGA